AUGUCAUCCUAUGCAACGAACGCGGCCGGAGUAAGCAAGUACACUGCCGAAAGACAUCAGCGAAUAUUACAGGAACUUUACAACAACCAGGAAAUGACGUGUGCGCGGAUUGCAAGUCUCGAGCGCCACGAUGGAGCUCGUGGAACUUGGGUAUAUUUAUUUGUGUACAAUGUGCCAGUAUACACAGGAAAUUGGGACCCAUAUUACCAAAUGAGCGACAGGAAGAGCGUCAAUUUAGAUGCAUGGUCGAAAGAGCAGGUCGAGUCGGUCAAAAACAUGGGAAACAUUGCAUCCAACGCGAAAUGGAACCCCAACGAGGCCAGACAUCCACCACCCACUAACUUGGAAGAGUCUGAACGAGAUUCAGAGAUGGAAAAGUACAUUCGCGCCAAGUAUGAGACCAAGAAGUUCCUUGAUCGAAAGCCAGCCGCAUCGGCUACAUUCAAUUCUUCCAGUACGCCUGUCGCCCCUGCCCAGCCUUCAGCAUCUACACCAAUUCCCAGACAGCCUAAACCUAAACCUGAAGAAACGGAUCCGACACAGACGAUCCCUCUUGGCUUUGGACGAGAGUCUCGGGUAGAGUUUAAUCUUCCGGGAAUGGGUGGAGAUAUUUGGGAUGGGAUCAUCCAGCAAAAAAAGGUCCCACCUCGAUCCAAAACCGCGCCUAUACCUGAGCCCGUAGCCAAAGUUACCCCGCCUCCUGCCCCUGUCGUACCGGCACCGGUCCCAUUGACCAACCUACCUUCGAGGAGCCUAUCUGCCCAACCACCGUCAGUAGGUCAGCUAGGCGUAAAUACUUCUGUCCCUGCCGCGCCCGCCAACGGAGUAUGGGGCGACAUGCUCGCGUUGCAAUCAGCUGGUGGAUCCUUGCCUACAUCAGCGAUUCAAGCCCCCCCGUUACAGCCUGGCAACCCCUAUGCAUCUUUAUCUGCUUCUCCUUCUACAACCCUCCCCUCGACUCUCACAAACCGAAUGGGGGCAUCAACAUCAGCCCUCCACGGGUGUGUGAAUAGUUUACUGAGCGUUCCUACCGGAAACUCGUUUGGAUCCGUCGGGUUGGGAGCGACUCCUGGUGGAUCGUUUGGGUCUGUAGGCUCAUUGGGAUCUGGCUCGGGUGGGAUGGGGAUAUCUCCUGGGGGUCUAAAUCCAUUCGGAGCAUCCUCAGGCAGUGCAUUUGGGACAUCACCUGGGGGCUCAUUCGGGACAGCCACGGGCGGAUCACUCGCCACACCUGGGGUUUUUAUUGGUGGAUCCACGGGCACGUUUGGGGUAUCUCCGGGCGGGCUCGGGGGACUGUCAAUGCUUCAAACUGGACAAAUGACUUCUCAGCCCUCACAAUUCCAACAACCUACCCAGCCUUCUCCGUUCCAACAAACGAUGCAGUCCUCACCAUUUCAGCAAUCCACAUUAUCUCCGUUCGGGGGUGCUACUAGUUCCCUAACAAGUCCCAGCACCAACGCCACGUCGCUCUCGGCGUUCGGAGCGGCAAUGAGCCCCCCAGGACAGGCAUCCAACUCACCAUUUGCUCAACCUUCCGCUUCACCGUUUACCCACACCUCGAAUUCACCUUUUGCUCAACCGACUAAUUCCCCAUUCGGUCAACCGGGGACUCAGUUUUCUAGUUCCGCUAACUCGCCUUUCCAAACCACGAAUCCCGGAUUUCAAUCCACACCAACCAACAACGCUUUGUUCUUGCAGCCUAACACCACGCAGUUUCAAUCGUCCAAUUCGCCUUUUCAAGCAUCUAAUUCGCCUUCCCUCAGUCCAACUCGCCUUAUCAAGCUACAAGUACCAAUCCAUUUGCCUCGAUGGGUGGAGGCGGAGGUAUGA